GGACUAUGCCGAUUUAACACAGCAGAGCCACAUGGACUCAAACACAAGGCUGUACAUACAUACCUCCUAACAACGAACGAAAUCCCCUCGAAAAUGAUUAUUGCCAUGAUGGAAUGGCUUAGACGAUCGGGAUCGGGUUCCUCUAUAGACGCAACGAAAGACUCUUUGGAUGGACAUGGAAUAUUUGCAAUCAUCGUAUUUGCUAUCGUUGCACUGAUUUGCAUUCAGCCGGUUCACGUUCCGAUUCCACACUUCAUCGCAAAGAGAGCAAGAUCAGUUCGAACAAAGCUGUUUGGUGCGUACGAUCAUAAUGGACAGAGAGAAGAAGAAGAUGUCCAACCUCCAGAAGCAACAGCAGCUCAACCUGAAGGUCAAUCUCCAUCAGAAGUAUCACAGAUCAAAAGUGAUAAACGCAGCUAUCUGGUCUUCAAUCAUGUCUGGACACCUGCGAUUGGUAUUCUAUUCUUGCUAGCAACAAAGACAAUCGGAGGUGAACAGAUCAAGCUGGGUAUCAUUGGAGAAGAAGGAGUGGAGCCAUAUGAUGUCUUAAUUUUCUUUAUCAGUUUGGCUUAUAUUGCGAUUAGCUUGGACGCAACUGGUUUACUUCGCUACCUAGCUUUCCAAGUCUGUAUCAAAGCGGGUAGUAAUGGAAUGGGUCUCUAUUUCAUCCUUUAUGCCUUCUUUUGGACGUUGGGUGUUUUGGUCGGAAAUGAUCCAGUCAUUCUUAGUGGAACGGCAUUCUUGGUUUAUCUCACUCGAGUGGCUGGAAUCUCUCCACCUUCUGCGUGGAUCUGGGCACAAUUCGUAGCAGCAAAUGUAUCAAGUGCCGUUUUGGUCUCUUCCAAUCCGACGAAUUUGGUCAUCGCUAGCGGUUUCAAUAUUUCCUUCCCAAUCUAUACCGCAUAUAUGGUCUUACCAGCCUUAGUAUCCGCUCUGGCAGCUUUGGGCGCAAUGCUCCUAUUCUUCCGCAACGAGCCACCUACAUCUGCUGAGAAGAAGGGCAAAGACUUUUCUUCUGGUGGUGUGACUGGCUGGGCAAAAUCUGUCUUCACUGGGCAAACUGGGUCAAAAGGACGCCGAAGGAAUCGAUCAAAACCACCCAUCUCACCAACAAAGAACGGUAACGACAUUGCAAUGCAAGACUUGUCAAAUGAUUCACAGAAUAGCAACUCACAUGACCAAGAUGACGAAACAAAAGAUUCACAUCGUACUCCAAUCAUUUAUAUCCCAAAGACUAUUGUGAGGCCAGAUGUAGAUCCAAAAGCAGCUCUUGUGGAUCCCAAAGGUGCAAUAUUCGCAAGCUGUAUCAUGGCUGCAACGCUAAUUACUGUGAUUGUGACAAAUGUUACAGGAGGUGCAAAAGUCUACAUGGUGGCCGCACCUGGAGCAGCCAUCUGUUUGACGAGAGAUAUCGUUUAUGAUUGGUAUACCUGGAGAUCGUUCCGCAAAGAGGAACAGGCUAAAGAGCGAGAUGUGGUGGAAACGCAAAAUGGUAAUGCAAAUGGAGAUGCACCUGCGUUGUCUGUCAAUGGCGGCGAGCAUACCGCAGAGGAAAGCACAAAUGCAGCAACUGAAUCGAGAAGGGCUAGUGUCGAGAAGGUUGCGACAUCAGAAGAAAAGCCACCAAAAUCCGAAUCAUCCAAAGAAGACACAAGUAAGUCUAAACCGGUCUUCCAUCGGCUGAUUGCGUUCCAUGAACAUUGCAUGGAAAUCUUCCCAACGGUGACGUAUGUCGCGGCUCGUUUGCCUUUCCCACUUCUCCCAUUUGCAUUUGGAAUGUUUAUCUUGGUUCAAAGUUUAGGACAUGUAGGAUUCAUCAACAUCCUUGCUGGUGGUCUAGGAAACGUCUGCGGUCAUGGUUAUAUUGGUUGUUCGUUCUUUAUUUCGUUAUUGGGAGUGAUUCUCUGCAAUUUAGGAGGAACAAAUAUCGGUGCAACAAUUUUGCUUACUCGUGCACUUCAAUCAACCUAUUUCCAACAAAAGUUACCGGCACAAGAAGCAGAAUUGAUCUUACGAGCGGCUGCUUAUUCGGUCGCUUUUGGUUCGAAUGUUGGAGCUCUUGGUGUGAUAAUUCCAGCAACGGUUGCUGGUGUGGCAAUCUUGCUACCGGAGAAAGCAAAAUUAACAUUGUCUUCUCGCUUUUUCACCACCAUCUUCACUGCACUUAUCAUCAAACGUGCAAUGUCGAAUUCCAGCUCGGAAGCGUCUUCGAUUCAGAUGGUCGGAAGCUUCACAGAUUCAACCGUAAUUCCUGUAAAUCCAAAGAGGAGUAAGCAUAUUGAUUUUAUCAUUAUAUGCGAGAAUCGCGCUACAGGAAACACCGUCAGUGACAUGUUCGAUGCAUGCUCGAGCCAUGGGGAAGCUCAAAAGGAAGAGCUCGAGCUUAAAGAAAUGGAUUUAGAUGUCGUACAUAAAUUCUUAAAGAUCAUUAGCGGGGUGGUCGAGCAAGGGAUAUGGACUAUAGAAGCUUAUCCGAUAAUAAAUGUCAGCCAAAGCGCAGAUCUGAUCGAUUUAGGUCAUAAAUAUCGUGCGAACAAUGUCGUAUACGUCGGACUUCAAAAGUUUCAUCGGGCUUUCGUGGAGGAAGCACUUGGUGAUUCAAAGAAGUUUCAUUCUCGGUAUGGAAGUGCAGCUAUAAUCAAAUUCAUAAGCCUUUGGUAUAGGAUGGUUAAGAGUGAUCUAUUAUGGACAGCGGAGACCGCUCAGGCAUAUUUUUGGUGUAUGGAAAUGACAUGGUCUUCAUGGUGUAAACUUUGCAAUACGACGCCAGAAAAAGCUACGAUGUCUGAAUUUAUCGACCAUGAUUCUGGGAAAUACUUCUCGGGCGAAGAUACUUGUGUUGCGACAAUAUAUAUCGAUAAGCUGCGGGCCGGUAGAAAAAAUAAAGAUCUGCAAAGGCUUCUGCAAGAACUGGACGAGGAAAAAUCCGAGCGAACCAAAAAAGCGUGA